GAGAGAGAGAGAGAGAGAUCCUCUGGAGAACUCACCCAAGGAGCGCUGUGUGGAAGCGGGUAGCGAGCGCAGCAACGGCAAGCAACACUAUCUUACUGUGCUGUCAAAGAAGCGAGCAGCAGGAUUGCCACUUCAACUCUCAAAUCCCUGCGAAAGGAUCGUUUUGCAAGAUUCUAUUCUCCUUACACAAACAGAAAAAAACAAACCGGCAUGGAUUGCUGCAAUGAGGACUGCAAUAAACAACAGGAAGAGGAUGUGAUGGACAUUCCCCUGGACGACCCAGAGGCCAACAAGGCCGCAGCCAAAAUCCAGGCGAGCUUCCGCGGUCACAUGACUAGAAAGAAGAUGAAAGACGACAAGCCGCGGGACGAGGAGAGCGGCAGGGCAGAGGAGGGUUCUGGAGAUCGGGAGUCACUCAACGGAGAUCAGACAGAGUCAGGGGCAGCGGAGUCGGAAGGAGGGGAGGGCGAGGACGCCUCCACACCCGAGCAGUGAGGCUGGGGAGGAGACUGCAGGACAGAGGCAACCGAGAGGUCCUUUAAUCACAAUAAUCCAUUCAGUCACGAAACUCCGAGCAUCACAAUGACGUUUUAUUAGUACUGUAUUAUUUAUUUCAAAAGAGAACUCCUCCCCACUUUUCUGAUACCUGCUGUAAUCUGACGAUUGUAGACAGAAUACCUUAUUCUCAGUGAAUAACAAUGAUAAUGAGUGAUAAUAAUAAUGACACUACUACUGCUAAUAAUAAUAAUAAUAAUAAUAAUAAUAAUAAUAAUAAUAAUAAUAAUAAUAGAUUUUGCCACUUAUUAGACCCUACUUAUUAACAAAUCUAUCUAUCUGUUUAUCUAUCUAUCUGUCUAUCUGUCUUUCUAAAAUUGCACAAUGUAAAUGUAAGCCUUCUUUUUCCUCUCUCUCUUGUAUCUUUCUUUGAUUUUUCGUACCUUUCUUAAUACAUGAAAAAAGAAACUAAUCAAGCUUAAAAAUAAUAAAGUAUGACAAUUGGGUACCAGGAAAGUGGAUUUAAUUUUUGAUUUUCUUUGGGUAUUUUUUGUUUGUUUUUGUUUUCAUUGAUUGAUACCUUUCCAUUUAAGCAGAUGGGUGACAAUGCCAAUGUAAUAAGUGAAACUGAGUGCAUGCAUUAGCAUGCUGCAUGUAUACCUAGCAUUAAGAAAGACCAGUCCAGUACAACAUUGCAAAGUGAUUACUAUCUGUGAACCUUGAAAGGGGUGCUCAUUAAACUCUGAGAUUUUAAA